UCGUGCCCUGCGCCUUCCCACUGCGACAUCCCCCUCUUCCGACGCGUUCCUGAUCAUGGCGCAGGGGCAGCGCAAGUUCCAGGCGCAGAAGCCAGCGAAGAGCAAGGCGGUGGCGGCGGCCUCGGCGCGGAACCGGGGCCCGAGGAAGGGCGGUCGCGUUAUCGCACCCAAGAAGGCACGCAUCGUGCAGCAGCAGCAGCUCAAGAAGAACCUGGAGGUUGGGAUCCGGAAGAAGAUUGAGCAUGACGUGGUGAUGAAAGCCAGCACCAGCCUGCCCAAAAAGCUGGCGCUUUUGAAGGCCAGCACUAAGAAGAAGGAGGCCUCUUCUUGCUCCAGCAAGAUGCCUGCCUAAGGAUGCGCCCCAGCAGUGACCACCACUGCAGCCCCCUCCUCUGCUCAGACCUGUGUGGGUAACCCCACGGGAAGGAGGAACUGUGCUCUCCAAAGACUUGAAUUGCACCUCGAACUUGACUUGGGCCUGGCCCAUGAGCCAGUGAGUAGCAGGUCAAGAGCACACUGACCGGCUGGCCUCCCAGGUGCCGAGAUGUCAGCACAGGCCAAGGCCAGGGGGAUGUCUUCACCAACUUCCUGUGUCCCCACUACCCCCUCCCACAUCCUGUCUGGAUAACUUGGAGCAAGACACCUGACUGUCAUUCCUCCCAUGGUCACAUGCUCCUGUGAGCAGGCUGUGCUGGGGCCUCGGGCCAGGUGCCCGGACCCCCCGGCCAGCCCCAGUUUACACACGAGCCGUAUGCCCAGGGAUGGGUGGACAAGCUUCCGCACCUCCAGCCUGGGAGCUGGGGGAGUCUUUCUUCCUACCUUGAGUGACUCGCCUGCUUGCCCUCCACAGAUAGCCCUGUGUCUUCCCGUCUGCCGGGGACAGGCCAGACAGCCUAGGGAGCCACCUUCCCAUCCUCGGGGCAGACACUGACACCACCUUGUAGAGUCAAAUGCUGAUUAAACCAGAAGCGCUUUCAAACUUC